AUGAUAGCUAUAAACCAGAUGCCUAUUUCAUUUUGCUCAAGUCCGGGUUUUAAAUACUUCAUGAACGUUAAUGAUCCUAAUUAUAAGCUAUGCUCUGCAGAAAGUGUAAAAAAUCGUUUAAAAUUAUUAACAAAGUGGGAAGUCGAUAAAAAAAUUAGUUCAAUUGUAACAGAUAAUGCAGCAAAUGUCAUCAACGCUGUAUCACAGUUGGAAUUGAAUGAUAAUAUGGAAAAAUAUGGAUUAACGUGUGCAGCACAUUCUUUGCAGCUGGCUGUUAAUAAAGCUCUUUUGGACGAUGAAAUUCAAAGAAUUUUAACAAAAUCAAGUAAAAUUGUUUGCCAUUUUAAACAUUCAUCGAUAUCAAUGAAGAGUUUGGAGAAAACACAACAAAAAUUAAAUUUACCAAAAUUAACUCUUUUACAAUAUUAUCGUAAUAUAACAGCAUCUAAUAUUGCCCAAAAACUAGAAAUUACAGAAUCUGAAUGGUUAAUUAUUGAAAAAUUAUUAGUACUACUGAAACCAUUGCAAGCUCUCACUACUUUAUUUUGUGGAGAAUUAGAAUCUUCUGUUUCAAUGGUACGACCUUUAAUACACAAAAUUGUAACUUCCCAUUAUGAACAUGGUAUCGAAGAUGACAACAUAACGGAACGAUUUAAGAACACAAUUUUAUAUCAACUGACCACUCGUUUUGAAUUGACAUGGAAAGAAAUUGUUACUGCAAGACACGUUGCUUCUUUUCUAAAUCCAAGAUAUAAAGACAUGGAACAUGAACCCGUAUCAGCUAGAGAGAAAAUUCGAUCACAUGUCUUGCAGCUUAUUGAAUCAGUUGCCCCAACUAUUACAAAUCCUAAUGAUACAGAAGAAAACGAUUUGAAAAUGAAUAAUGUGUUAGCAUUUAUUUACAAAGACCAUACUAAUAGUACAAAUGACGCAUUUACACAGUUUACGGGAUAUCUUUCAGAACCUCAACUUCGAUUUGAUUUAAAUCCCUUAGAGUGGUGGAGAACACGAGAAGAAAAAUAUCCAGCAAUAGCAACUAUUGCCAAAAAAUAUUUAGCAAUCCCAUCUACAUCGGCAAGUUCAGAGAGGUGUUUCUCAACGGCAGGUAACAUUGUGACGCCAAAAAGAAGUUGCCUUCUUCCUGAAAAUGUAGACAUGUUGGUAUUCUUAUACCAAAACAGAAAAUGA